AUGUCUAAAAGUAUAGCAAAACCAACACUCUCUGCUCCUGUGGUGCAGAGCAGGCUCGAACACCACCACAACCAACAACUCCGCAUUAAACAGCCUAACAGUCACAAACGCACAAAUUCGAAAUCUACACCAAAAUCCAAACGCCACUCCCACCCCAAGGAGCUUUCACCAUCAGCAGCUUCCACACCUAUUAUUAUUCCUCGCAUCAAUCGUGGUGAUGAUAUUGACAUUGAUAGAGAUUCAAGCAUCGAACAAAACCGUUAUCGUUUGGUAGAGAAUACCCAAACCAUCGAUGAGGCAAGACCAGGGAAGCAGACCAAUUUACAGCGCAAAUCAAGUAACGGCAGACGAAGGUACCAAUCUGAUUCAAAUGACGAAAAACCAAUAACUAUCCUCAAGCGUUCUCAGUCCAUUACCGACUUUACCAAACCUUCCCAUCCAAUCCGUUCUUGUCCCGACGAGGAUACUGUUGAGCGUCAAACUAAAUUGGAGAAGCCGACUACGCCUCCUCCAUAUUCGACCCGUCUUCAGUCUUCAAAAGAACGUCGUCGUUCGGAUAUCCAACCAGCCAAAACGAAGCGCUCUCAACACCGCAAAGACGUCAAGUCCGCCAACGAUGUCUUUAGUCUUCUCGUCAAUACUACGCCUCAAUCGCAAGACAAAGAUACAUUCACUACCAAUGUAAAUAGUACUACUACUACUAAUCUCCCGCCAUUCAACCAAAAUACACGAAAUUUAGUAACUCCGGUAAAAGCCACCGACUCUUCUUCUUAUGCCUUUCCUCCGUCAACUCACAAUACUCGUCGUAGAAUGUCCAGCACUGCAAUAGAGAUUAAGCAACAUGUGCAACAAUUCUCCGAUUCAAAGUCGUCCUCAGAUUUGAAAUCAGUCAGACAUAAUCGUCCAGCGAGCACUCCUGUUAAGCACCAAUUGUAUGCGGGACCCGAUUUCCACAACGCUCCUGCACCUAGCGCGUUGCCGAUUCCAUCAUUUGUAAGCAAGUCUCUCGGAAAAGAAAGGUCACCUUUGGAGGAUAACUUGUUUGUUGGUGUUGGUAAUAUUGGAACCAGCAAUGGACUUGUCAGCAACAGCGCUACCAGCACCAUCAACUCUUCCCCAUCAAUGUUUACAUCUCCUCCGCGCACUCCUCCGACCCCCUUUGUUCUCGACCGUGCUUACGAUGAUGAUCUUUUCGUAAUGGAUGAUAUCCAUGCAGUCAACAAUACAUACGAUGAUGCUUACAUUAGACAGCAACAGUCCAUCCAGCUCAAGAUGAUGCUCGCUAGCUCCAAAGAAAAACAAGGCAUCAAUUAUAACGCUCCCACUUCUUACCAACAAUCCGCUACCAUGGCUUACAAUGUACCCCAAAAAAUGGCCACUGCUCGUCCAUUGCAUGUCUACGACGAUGCCCAAGGGAUGUCACUGACGGAGAUUUCCGAAAGUUUGAGAAGUUUGUUGAAGAUUUCCGGACAUUAG